GCUUCGACUUUAACGCAGCUCAGGGAGGAGGAGCCGCAGGGCCGCCGCCGCCGCCGGGAAAACCCGUUGGAGCUAUGCUUCUGUAAAUCGGAGGAGAAGGGGCAUCAGUGAGAAUGUCGGCACUCAACUGGAAGCCGUUUGUGUACGGGGGCCUGGCUUCCAUCACAGCAGAAUGUGGCACAUUUCCAAUUGAUUUAACCAAGACACGCCUCCAGAUUCAAGGCCAGGCAAAUGAUGCCAAGUUUAAAGAAAUUCGGUAUCGAGGCAUGUUGCACGCAUUAGUGCGGAUAGGGAGAGAAGAGCUGAAAGCAUUGUAUUCGGGAAUCGCCCCCGCCAUGCUCCGCCAGGCUUCCUACGGCACCAUCAAGAUAGGCACUUACCAGAGCCUGAAGCGACUGUUCGUCGAGCGGCCAGAAGAUGAAACCCUGCUGAUAAAUGUCAUCUGUGGAAUCCUCUCUGGAGUCAUCUCCUCAUCCAUCGCCAGUCCAACUGAUGUUUUGAAAAUCCGGAUGCAAGCACAAAAUAGCAACAUCCAAGGAGGAAUGAUUGGGAACUUCAUCAACAUUUACCAGCAGGAGGGAACAAGAGGGCUGUGGAAGGGGGUGUCCCUCACUGCCCAGAGGGCAGCCAUCGUGGUUGGUGUGGAACUGCCUGUCUACGACAUCACCAAGAAGCAUCUCAUUCUCUCCCGCCUAAUGGGAGACACUGUCUAUACCCACUUCCUCUCAAGCUUCACCUGUGGGCUGGCGGGAGCCCUGGCCUCGAACCCUGUGGACGUGGUGCGAACACGGAUGAUGAACCAGAGAGUCCUUCCAGAGGGCAGGUGCCCUGGCUAUGUGGGUACCCUGGACUGCUUGCUGCAGACAUGGAAGAAUGAAGGAUUUUUUGCUCUAUAUAAAGGAUUUUGGCCAAAUUGGUUGAGACUUGGUCCUUGGAAUAUCAUUUUCUUUGUGACCUAUGAGCAACUGAAGAAGUUGGAUUUGUGACAAGACAGAGGCUGCAUGAGACAUCCCUCUGAAAAUGCUCACUUCCGAAUCGGUAAAGCUUCCUGUGUUUCACAUUGCUUUUCACUGCUUGGCUCCUCAUGAGUCUGAGGCGAGAGCAGCAGGUGAAGGCUGGGUAAGCUCAGAUCACCGUGUUGGCAUUGGACACUCCUCAUCGAGUGUUUAACAGCAUCAACUGCAACACCCAAACUCAAGCCCUACCCGUUGAAGUGCCCUUGGACAUCAGAGAUAACAUACGAAAUGCGUGUUUCUUACUGAAGAAAAUUGGCCCACAACUCAAGAACAGUGGGCUGCUUCUUCAGGGGAGAGCAGCUCCUGGUGCAUCUUAGCUCAUAGCCGAGCCCCUCAGU